GAAGGGGGCGUGGCCUUGGGCCGCGGCGUGCGGUACCCAGGUGCCCCCAGGUGCCCCCAGGUGCCCCCAGGUGCCCAGGCCAUGUCCCGGGUGCAGCUGCAGUGCAAGAACCUGCAGGAGUUCCUGCGGGGGCUCAGCCCCCCCACGCUGGACCGGCUCUAUGGGCACCCGGCCACCUGCCUGGCCGUCUUCAGGGAGCUGCCGGGGCUGGCGCAGGCCGGGAUCAUGCGGAUGCUGUUCCUGGAGCAGCCGCUGCCCCAGGCGGCCGUGGGGCUCUGGGUCAAGAAGGAGCACAGCAGGGAGCAGCAGCAGAGCCAGGAGGUGCUGCUGGAGCUGCGCCUGUGGCACCCCCACACCCUCCCGGGGGGGCUCCCGGGGGUCGCCCUGCACCCCAACUUCCGACAGAACCUGCGCGUGGCCCUGCUCGGGGGGGGCAAGGCCUGGUCGGAUGACACGGCCCCGCUAGGCCCGGACCGGCACGCCCGCGACGUUCCUGCGCUGGACAAGUACGGCGAGGAGCGCUGGGAGGUGGUUUUGCACUUCAUGGUUGGGUCCCCGAGCGCGGCCGUCAGCCAGGACCUGGCACAGCUGCUGGUGCAGGCCGGGCUCAUGAAGAGCGAGGGGGGGGAGCCCCCCUGCAUCACCUCGGCCGGGUUCCAGUUCCUGCUGCUCGACACCCCCGCCCAGCUCUGGUUCUUCAUCCUGCAGUACCUCAGGGCUCCCCAGGCGCGGGGCAUGGACCUGGUGGAGAUUCUGUCCUUCCUGUUCCAGCUGAGCUUCUCCACCCUGGGCAAGGAUUACUCGGUGGAGGGCAUGAGCGAGUCGCUGCUGACGUUCCUGCAGCACCUGCGCGAGUUCGGGCUGGUGUUCCAGAGGAAGCGGAAGUCGCGGCGGUUCUACCCGACCCGCCUGGCCAUCGCGCUGGCCUCGGGGACAGCGGGGACAUCGCUGGGGACAUCGCUGGGGACAUCGCUGGGGACAGCGCUGGGGACAGAGCCCGACGGCCACGGCUUCAUCCUGGUGGAGACCAACUACCGCAUCUACGCCUACACAGACUCGGAGCUGCAGGUGGCCCUCAUCGCGCUCUUCUCGGAGCUCCUCUAUCGCUUCCCCAACCUGGUGGUGGCCCAGGUGACAAGGGACAGCGUGCAGCGCGCCAUCGCCAACGGCAUCACCGCCGACCAGGUCCGUCCCUGCCCCACGUGGCCCCUGGCCCUGUCCCUGUCGGGUGUGCUGUACAACCAGUUCCUGUCCCAGGUGGAUUUCGAGGUGCUGCGGGACCACGCCCGCGCCCUGGGCGUGCUGGUGUUCGAGAACCCCGCGCGGCGCCUCAUGGUCGUCACCCCUGCCGGCCACCCCGACGUCAAACGCUUCUGGAAGCGCCAGAAACACAACGGCUGACCCCGAAAACCCCCAAUUCACCGAGUUUGGGAUCCCCGAAAACCCCCGGAGCCUCAAAAUCCCAGAGUUUGGGGUCCAAAAUACCCCAAAGUAACCAAUUUUGGGGUUACUGGGCCACGCCGACGUCAAACGCUUCUGGAAGCGCCAGAAACACAACGGCUGACCCCAAAACCCCAAAAUACCCCAAAUCCCAGAGUUUGGGAUCCCUAAAAAUCCCCAAAAUCCCUGAAAUCCCCAAGUUUGGGGUCCAAAAAUCUCCAAAUUUGGGGUUCCUGGGCCACCCCGACAUCAAACGCUUCUGGAAGAGGCCAGAAACACAACGGCUGACCCCGAAAACCCCAAAUUCCUCGAGUUUGGGAUCCCCGAAAACCCCCAAAUACCAAAAACCCCGAAAUCCCAGAGUGUGGAGUCCAGAAAACCUCAAAAUCCCAAAAUUUGGGGUUCCUGGGGCACCUCGACGUCAAACGCUUCUGGAAGAGGCAGAAACACAACGGCUGACCCCGAAAAACCCCAAAAUACCCCAAAUCCCAGAGUUUGGGAUCCCAAAAUCCUCAAAAUCGCAGAAUUUGGGGUCCAAAAAACCUCAAAAUCGCCAAAUUUGGGGUCCUGGCGCCCCAGAAUGGCUCCUGCAAAUCCAGAACUUCGGGUUUGGGAUCUUUGGGGUUCCGGGUGCCCCAAAAUUUGGGGUCCUGGCUCCUCGUUCCCUCAAAAAUCCAGGAUUUGUAGGGAAAAUGUCAUUUUUUUUGUACAAACGCUGAUUUUUGGGAAGGUUUUUUUGUAGUAAAAACAUU